AUGUCUAUCUGCGUCGCCAUCCAGUCGGCCUUGUUCUACUACCUCGCCUGCACUCCAUGUCUCCAACUUCGCCAUGAACACCGAACACAGAAAAAGGCGAAGAAGGAGCGAAAGGAAAAGGCACGAAUCAUUGCUGAGCAGCCACACCUAUAUCGCCAUCCGGACCCCUAUAAUACGAACCCCUACUGGGCCGAGGAGAUCCGCAUGGGGCCAUGUCUACCCAAGAAGAACAAACCGAACGAUGCUAGCAAGAGUCAGAGCCAGAGGGGCUUAAUGUGGGAAAGUCGAGAUGGAGUGAGCAUAGCAACUGGGAGUACGCAUGCCAUCAGCAUGGCACAGCCGAUGACAGCGACGCCAAUAACACCGACAACGGAGGAAACCAACAAUAAGCCUGUUGGGUUUGUCCACCCUCCGCUCGUGGACGUAGCAGCAGACCUAGCAACAGACGCAGAGACGGAGACUAUCAGGCCAGAUACAAGGUGGCCCUCUUCUACGUCCGGUGUUCCAGAACAGCAUGAUGAUGCCGUUAGUGCCGUACUGAGCAAGACAGCUUCUGCGACAACAGUCGGCACCGACUGGAACAUGAAGCGGUAUCAGCGCGAAGAUGAGGAACUCUGGGGCUACGACGAUGAGUCCAUCAGAACAAGUUACAAGUUCAUGGACGCCAUCAAGCAGGCUGGUUCGAGCGCUGGCCGCUAUGUCGAAUCCAAGCUAGGGCUCGAGAAGCAGGUGACGGAGGAGGAUAGGUACAACUUUUACUUCUCCACCAAGAACCCGCCCGUCAACGACUACCAUCCUCCGGUCGUCAGCAGCAAGCCUUCGCACAAGAACGCGCGUGCCUGGAUGUUGCAACCCCCACCCCCCGCCAAGGUGAUGGAGGGCAAGGUCCCCGUUAGCAGGAGCGCCAGCACGAUGAGCGUUCAAUCCAAGAGGACGAUGGGCAGCACCAUGUCGACGGACGGACGGCCAUCGCUGGGGCGAAUUGUUGGCGACAAGGCUCUUGAGGCUAAGAUUCAGCAGCGAACUGCCAAUGGUGACGGAUAUCUGGAUCCCGAGUUGUAUUCCGUUGCUUCGACCAUGUCCCGGGCGAGAUCUAAGAGAGCCACCAACGGUUCAAUGGCACGGAGAACCAGCAGCCGUCUUACAACCAGAAGCCAGGACCUGUCUACGGGCUCUGACGGAUCCGACGAGGACAACUCAAGCACCAAAGCACCGAAAAGACGGACCACACGGAGACGUAGCAACCGCAAUGCCAAGCCCGACAGCGAUGAAAACGAGGAGGAGGACGCCUACAUCUCCAAGAGCCCGGAGUCACUGAGCAGCACCCAUUUCCCUCCCCACGCCGCUCAGAGACCCAAGCUCCCUACCAUCAAGAGCGCAGGUGAUGCUCGUCUCGCUUCGGAGGACAGGACGCUGUCUUCGUCACCGAAGGUCAGGCCCACCAGCAGAUCCAGCACCAAGCUCGUCCUGCAAGACGCGACCAACUCGUCGAGCUCCGUGUCUUCUUCCUCUAACAAGAUGAAUCAGAAGGAGCGCAUGAUUGGCUCAAUCGACAGCGGUCUCGCUAUGCAUGCGUAAUCGGGCCUCAAAGGUCUACAUCUUGUCAGAGAGAGAAUGUCAAGUGGGACAGCGAUGGGC